AUACUAAAACAUAGGUUGAGAGAUAUUGAGAAUUAUUUGUAUACGGGUUUAUGUCGUUACAAUUGGCUUUCAAUUAGUAUAGAUACGUUUACAAAUGAUGGUUUAACAUUGAUUAAUAAAACGAAAAAUCAGUGGAAUAAUCUAAAAAUAAUCGAAUCUCAUAUAUCAAAGUCGAUAAUUUCUUUAGAAAAUGUGAACUUGUUCCCGUUGAAUAUUUUAAUCGAUAACGAUUCAAUAUUAGAGAAAUUUGAAAUCAUACCUUUAAUUUAUGAACGAUUUGGGUUCAAGCAAUUUCAACAUAUCGUCUACAGAUAUCAAGCUAUUUCUAUAUACUUAUUACACUUAGAACGAUACUUGUUUGGUUCAAUAAGUGGUGCGUGUACGCCCAUGUUAGAAUUAUAUCUAGAUUAUAAAAAUAUGAUACUGAAUUCCAUUUUAAAAAUGUAUUUAAAGAAUUUGGAUUCUUAUAAUAAAGCAAUACAAAGUGACAAAUCUCUCGUCAAACUGACCGUUAAUGUAACCGACAGAGUAAUAACAAUAGUUCCUAAUAUUUAUGUCACCUAUAAUAACAUUAUAAAAAAUAUAUCGAGAUGUUUAGUAUGGUUGAAAGUGUUGCCUAUUUGGCAAGCAGAAUCUUGUAUAAGUUAUUCGAUUGUUGACAACAAAUGGUUAAUUGAUCAUUAUGGAAACACAUUUUAUGAAGAAAUAAUUAGUAAUAGGGCUAUUCAAGAGAAGAUUGAAAUUAUUCGAAAAAAUUCACACAGCCUUAUUGUUGAAGUGAACAAGUAUUUAAAAAAAUGGAAACAAUUUCAAUUUUUAUGGAAUGGAUCGAAAAUAAAAAAUAAAGAAUUUUUAUCUACAAAUACGUCUAUUCAAGAUUAUGAAAAAAUUUUUAACGACUUAAAACGACUUUUACAAUUUUUUUCAAACAUGCCCCUUCACAAAAAAAUACGCUGUGUCAAAUUAGAUCUCAAUUAUAUAAUAAAUCAAAUGAAGCUAUUCACACAAGAGUUGAUAUUAUCUUAUGCAGAUCAGUUAAUAAUAUCUACGAGACAAAUGAUUCAUCGCCAAGGUGACAUAUUUAACACUUUUAAAAUAUUAUUGAACGGUGAACUGAAGAAUAGUAAAGAUUUCCAGAACUAUCUUUAUAAAAUAGAAGAAAUAAGAACAGAACAAGUGAACGUUGAAAUAUUUUUUCAAAAUUUAAACCAUCAUAUUUACGUUUUGGAAGAAGUGGGAGUUGUAAUGCCUCAGGAAGAUCUAAUAUACAUUUCAAACAUACAAGAUGAUUGGUUAACAUUACAACGAAUAGCUUCAGAAAAGAAAUUAUUUUUAGAAAAGUCUAAAGUAAUUUGGUCGUACAGUGUCAAAAUAAACAUUGAAAUAUUUUCAGAUAGUAUAAACAAAUUUUUGGUAAAUUACCAUAACUGUGGUUUAAAAAGAAUCAAUGACGACUUAGAUUUGGGACUUAUUUUGAUGAAUGAGUACGACAAGUAUUUUGUAGAUUUGAUGGAACAAAAAGAAAAACUAGUCAAAGAGGAAAAACUUUUCAAUUUGAAAUUGUUAAAUACUGAAAGAUUUGAUGAAUGUUAUUCCGAGUUCCAAUUUAUGAAGUUAGUGUACUCAUUGUAUGAAAAACAAAAGUCGGACAUUGAAAAAUGGUCCGUAAUACCUUGGUCGGACAUUAGAAUAGAAUUUGUUCGUGAAGCAUUUGGUGCUCUUAUGUUGAAAUUUAAAAAACUACCCGUUUUAGCGCAAAACACGCAUCCAGCAAAAAUCUUAGUGAACUAUCUAAAAGAACUGAGACACAGUGUGCCAAUUUUGUUACAGUUAAAAAAUAACGCAUUAAGACCUAGACAUUGGAAAGAAAUGUUGGAUACCAUUGGUGUGAAUUUUAAUUACAAUGAAGAUGUUCUUACUUUCGGGAUUGUUUUAAAAAUGCGAACUGUAAAACAUAAACACAUUAUUAAAAAAAUCCUGUGUAAAGCAAUUGAUGAAAACAGCAUCGAAAAAAAACUAAAAGAAAUAAACGAUCGAUGGACCACAAUGAAUUUAAACAUAGAAAAGUAUUCUAAUGGUGAACAUAAACUACACGGAGUUCAUAAUAUAUUGCAAAUAUUAGAGGAUGAUCAAAUAACUAUGCACAAAAUGAUGAACUCUUAUUCGGUCGAACCAUUUUUAUCAAAAGUUGAAACAUGGCAAAAACAUUUGUCAACGGUGAAUGAAGUUUUGAAUAAAUGGUGGUUUGUACAGCAAAAAUGGAUAUAUCUUGCUGAAAUAUAUACUAGUAAAGAAAUCGCAUAUAUUCUACCUGAAAAAACCGAGGAAUUCAAUGAAUUGAAUCAAUUCUACAAAGAGGUAAUGAUUAAUGCAAAUAGGAACUCCAAGAUUCUUGAACAAUGCUUAAAACCAAAUAUUAUUAACCAAUUAUCGUGGUUGGAAUGUCGAUUAGACAUAAGUCAAAAAAAAUUAAAUAAUUAUAUUAUCGAAAAAAGAAACGGCUUUCCUAGGUUUUAUUUUAUAUCGGAUAAUGAUUUGCUUUUCAUAUACGGUAAUCCGGAUCCAAUUGCAAUUCAAGAAUAUAUCAUUCAAAUAUUCGAUAAUAUCAAAAGUCUAGUUUAUGAAUUUAAAGACCAAAGCUAUACGGUUGCAGCAAUGACGACGUGUAACAAUGAAGUAUUAGUUUUUAAGAACAACGUUAACAUUAGAAAUACUGUUGAUAAAUGGAUGCUAAAAGUUAUCGAUCAAAUGCAAAAAUCAAAUCGGUUUAUGAUCAAAAAAGCCAUAUUAGAUUUAGGAAAUAAUAUCUCAUAUUCAAGUACUAGAUAUGAUUGGAUUAAUAAUUUUCCAGAAUCAAUUUGUUUGACCGCGGAAAAUGUGUGGUGGACAGUUGAAGUAGAACAUAUCUUUAAUAAAAUUGAUUUUGGUAACAAUUUAAGUAUGAAACAUUACCUGAAUCAAUUAAAUAACAAAACUAACGAUAUAGUCGAACUAAGUAAAAAAGAAAUGUCUGAAAGUAAAAGAAACAAGUACAGCUCAAUGAUAGUUUUAUACGUUUAUCAUAGAGAUAUCAUCGAAUCGUUUGUCGUAAAUAAUGUGAUCAGUGCGAAAUCAUUUGAAUGGGAUAGUAUAUUAAAAUCGUAUUGGAUAAAAAGUAAAGAUAACUUGUAUAUUGCACAAUGUUCAGAAUUUUUUAAUUAUGGUUAUGAAUUCAUGGGAUCUAAUAAGAAUAUUGUUAUAACUCCAUUAACUAAUCGAGUGUUCUUGACUUUAACUCAAGCAUUCAUGAUGUGCUUAGGUGGUGCCACUCACGGUCCAACUGGAACUGGAAAAACCGAAACGAUCUUAGCUAUGGCUAAAAUAUUAGGCAGCUUAUGCAAAAUAAUCAAUUGCAAUGAUGGGUUGGACCAUCAGACGUUUAAUAAAUUUCUUAACGGAAUUAGCCAGAGUAAAAUUUGGGGAUUAUUUACAAAAUUUAACAGGAUUUCUCAAAAAACAUUGUCAGUUAUAUCGACUGUACUAUAUUCAAUGAAAUGGGCACUGGUCGAAAACAAACUCGAGACUGAUAUUUUUGGAUUUGAUGUAAAUAUUAGCCCGAGAGUUGGCAUUUUUAUAACUAUGAAUAUCGAAGAAAGGAACGGACAAAAAAAAGAAAUCGAUGAAAUAAUAAAAAAUCAUUUUAGACCAGUUGUUUGUAUCAUACCCGAUUUCGAACAAAUAUGUUUUACUAUCUUAUAUUCCGAGGGUUUUUUAGAAGCUAAGGUUUUAUCGAAAAAAAUAUCGUUACUUUACAAGUUAUGCAGAGAAAGCCUUUCAAAUCCAUUAAACUACGCAUUUGAUUUAAGAUCAUUAAAAUUAGCCAUAAAAACAGCAAGAAGCUUUCUUACCGAAAAACCAGAACUCGAAGAAAAUGUAGCUAUAAUGAAAAUAUUAAGAGAUUUAAACUUACCCAAAUUAAUCGAAAAAGAUAUACCACUAUUUUUGUCAUUUAUAUCGGAUUUGUUUCCAAAUGUGGAGUAUUUAAUAACAACAAACAGUGAUUUCAAUUCAGCCAUUGAAGUUGCUUUGAAACGAGAAAAAUUCAUAAAAAUUGAUAGUCAGUUAGAACAAAUUAACCAGAUCAUGGAAACAUUAAAGCAUAGAAAUUCGGUCGCGAUAAUAGGACCUACCUGUGGAGGGAAAUCUGUCGUAAUAAAUUUACUCUGUGAAACGUUAAAUCAUUUAAAAAUAUCGACGAAACUUGUCACUUUGAAUCCAAAAGCUUUUACGAAAUUGGAACUGUUCGGUUACGUGGAUCCAGUAACGAACUCCUGGAACGAUGGAUUAUUAACAAAUAUUUUUCGAAACAUUAAUCAACCAAUUGUUCCUAAUAACCAAUCAAACUACUUUAUUUUAUUCGAUGGUGAUAUAGACUCGAUUUGGAUGAAUGAUUUAAAUCCUGUGAUGGACGACAAUAAAAUGUUGACGUUAUCGAAUGGAGAAAAAAUAAGGAUAAAACCGCAGUGUAACAUGUUGUUUGAAGUCGGACACCUGUCGUAUUCAGCUCCAUCUACUGUUUCCAGAAUGGGUAUAGUUUACGUCGAUCCCGAUAAACUUGGUUUCAAGCCGUUUUGGUUGCGAUGGUUAGAACCACGAUGUUUGAUGGAACAAACGGCAUUAGAUCAAUGUUUUCAAAAAUACGUGCCCGUGCUGUUGAGUUGGAUUUUCGGAAACGGAAACGGUUCAAGGAAAUCGUGCCCGUUGAAAACUACUGUUCCGCAAACGAAACUGAACAUGAUCACUCAGCUGUGUUUCAUUUUGGACACCAUAUUACCGCUGGUCUCGUCGGACAACAAUGCAGUCAAGACUGUUAACCGCAAAAGAAUCACGAUGACCGGCAAUGACAUGGCCAUCCCGUUAAACUCGAUGAUCUCGUUCGUCGCCGGGAUGGGAGUAAUCGAAGCCGUGUUCAUACAAGCGUUGUAUUUGUCUCUAGGAGCAUUACUGACCGAUAACACGUCUCGCCAGACGUUCGACGAAACGGUCAAAAAACUGUCCACUUUUACUCAAAACGACCGUAACCGGUCGAGCAAAAAAGAUUUAAAAUACAUACCUUGUGACGAGCCUACUUGGUACGAUUACUUUUUAGAUUUCAACACAUUGGAGUGGAUAGCGUGGAAGAAGGCGGUUCCGGAAUACGAACAUAACGACACGGUUAAAUUCUACGACAUUCUAGUGCCGACCGUGGAAUCUACUAGAUUAAUAUGGAUAUUGAAAUUGAUCAAUGAAUAUUAUUUUAGAAGUGCAAUAUUCAAAAAGGUCAAACGGCCAACUAUUGUCGUAGGCGAGAUGAGUUCUGGAAAAACAGUUAUAAUGAAAUAUUUCAUACGUAAUUUGGAAUCAAAAUAUUAUAUUAAAAGAGCAUUAAAUUUUUCGGCUAGAACUUCGUCAUUGGAUGUUCAAAAAAAUUUAGAAACGAAUUUGGAAAGACAUUCGAGAAAAACAUACGGACCACCGAUUGGAAAACGAUUGGUUUAUUUCAUAGACGAUUUAAACUUACCUCAAAUAGAUGAAUGUGGUACACAGCAGCCCAUUGCAUUAUUGAAAAGUAUAUUUGAUAAACAAGGCAUGUAUGACCGACGGAAAUGCUUUAACUGGAAAGAACUCGUAGACAUAUGUUUUUUCGCAGCUAUGAGCCCCAUAGGAGGAGGGCGAAAUGAAUUAGAUGCACGUUUUUUGUCUUUAUGUUCAAUAUUUUCGUUACCUUCCCCGUCGGACGAAACAAUUCGAUAUACUUUCAGUUCGAUUCUAUCUGGUCACACAAAAUCGUUUACAGAAAACAUACAAUCUACGGUUAACAACAUUAUAGACAUAACAAUAAAUUUAUAUAAGUUAGUUCUCAAGAAACUACAUCAAACACCGGAAAAAUUCAUUUAUGUUUUUAAUUUAUGUCAUAUAAGUUGUAUCAUUAAUGGUAUGACUCGCACAUUACCCAGCGCAUUUUCAACAACGGAAUCAUUCGUUCGAGUUUGGAGAAAUGAAUUCACCCGAGUAAUAUGUGAUCGGUUGAUUUAUCAAAAAGAUCGGGAAAUUAUUGAAAAUUACCUCACUCAAGAAUUGCAGACGUAUUUUCCUGCACAAAUGGAAUACGUUCUUAGGAAUCCUCUUUUAUUCGGCGAUUGUAGAAAUGCCAUUAAUGCAAACGACCAAGAACGAAUAUACGAGGACUUGAUCGACUACGAAUCCGUGUUUUAUUUAUUCCAAGAAAUAUUAUUGGAAUAUAAAAAAUAUUAUGGCGUAUUAGACAUGGUACUUUUCAAUGACGCGCUAGACCAUUUGAUAAGGAUUCAUCGAAAUCUCAGGAUGGAUAGAGGUCAUGUUUUGUUAAUUGGUUCGAGUGGAAAUGGAAAAAAAUCCCUUUCGAAAUUAGCCGCAUUCACUUCUGGGUUUGAAAUAUUUGUAAACAGUUCGUUUCAUUCUAAUCAUAAUUAUAAAAUGAAUGAACAAAAAUUUAAAAAUGAUUUAAAAAACAUUUUUUUGAAAGUUGGAAUUCAGAACCAAUCUAUUGUUUUUAUAAUUGACAAUGUGAUCGAAGAAGGAAAUUUAGAAUUUAUCAAUAAUAUAUUAACAAAUGGAUUUGUACCAUCUUUAUACUCCGACCUAGAAGAUAAUUUGGAAAUAAUUCAGCGUUUUAAAGACAUGAAUAAUAUAAGCACAUCUAAUGAAAUCACUACGGACAUUUGUUGGGAUAUAUUUUUGGAAAAUUGUUUGGAUAAUCUCCACAUUGUACUGUUGAUGUCACCAGAUAAUAAUCUUCGAUUAAUAUUUCGAAAUUAUCCUGGUUUCAUAAAUAAAACUUACAUUGGUUGGAUUCAAAAAUGGCCUCUGGAAGCACUGAACGCAGUAGCGGAAAAAGUUUUAAUUAAUGAUCAAGUUGUUUCAGAUAAUUACAUAAAUAAUGUAAUUGAACAGUGCGUCUAUAUGCAUAAAUCCGCAGUCAACUACGCGGCAACGUUUUUUAAACACACUACACGCAAAAUUUGUUUUACAUUUAAACAUUUAGUUGAUUGUGUAUUAAUGUACAAAGAUCUAGUUAAAAAAAAGUCAACUUUUUCGUUAAUGAAGUCUCAACAAAUUCAGAAUGGGUUAGAAAAAAUUGACCAAAGUACCAUUGAACUUGGUAAAAUAAGUAAUACAUUACUUCAGCAAGAUAAAUCUAUAUUAGAGAACACCAAAAUGUGUCAAAAUCUUAUAAAAGAAAUCAAUGGUACACGUAUACUUGUUGAAGAAAUAGUAACUAUUGUGAACAAUAGUACUGAGAAAUUGAGUUACAAGAACGAACAAAUAACAAACUUAAAAGAGCAAAUGAGAAAUUUAAUCGAUACUACUUUACCUGUUUUAAAUACUACUAAAAGUCUACUAAACGAAAUUAACGUAGAAGACUUAAUAGAAUUAAAAUCUUUUGAUGCGCCUACUGAGUCAGUUAUGACUUUACUUGAAUGCGUAGCUAUAUUAAAAGGGCUUAAAGAUAUGAACUCGUGGAAAAACCUAUGUGAUAUGAUCGAAGAUCCGAAUUUUCUAAUAAAUUUACAAGAACUCGAUAUCAAUAAAAUUAAUCAAAGACAACAAACUCAAAUACGUACAAAGGUGAAAUUUUUGAAAAAAACAAUUGAUGUUCAAGUCAUUAGCAAGUUGGAGAGUAGUUUAUUAAAUUUUAUUGAAUCAGUUCUAAAAUAUUGUUCAAUUUAUCAUGAUAUCAUACCAAUAAGGAAUAAAGUAGAUAAAUCAGAAAAAGAAUAUCUCGAUGCAACUUUAAAGAUAAAAGAACACGAAGAUAGUUUAAAAAAUACUCGAUGCACAUUAAUAGAAUUAGAAAAAUCGUUAGAUGAUGUUUCCAAGGAAAAUGUUGAGUUAAAAAAAAAAAACUGUUUGUUAAAAGCGAAAUUUGAAUAUGCUGACAAACUAAUAAAAGAACUUAAAUCUGUACAUGAAAGAUGGAUUACAGAUCUAGAAAACCAAAAUAUUUUAAAAAUUCAAAUAUUCGGCAACUGCUUACUCAAUGCUUCAUUUUUAGUCUAUGCAGGUCCAUUUUCUCUAGAAUAUCGGAAAAAAAUCAUUUUUGAUGAGUGGUACAACAAUAUUAUUAAAUUAAAUAUACCAAUAGAUUUGAACUAUAAGCUAGAAAAUGAAUUAAUUGAUGAAAAAGUGAUGUACGAUUGGAGUUCAAAUGGCUUACCUUGUGACGAAUACUCCAUUCAGAAUGGUAUAUUAAUGAGUCAAUCUAAUCGAUUUCCUCUUUGUAUUGAUCCGCAUAACCAAGGACUUAAUUGGGUUAAAAUUCACGAAAAAAAAAAUUCAUUAAGAGUACUCUCAUUUGUUGACACUGAUUAUUUAGUGCAAUUAAAAAAAGCUAUCAAAUACGGAACACCAAUCAUUUUUAUUGAUUUCGAAAACAUGGAUUUGGAUUUAAAAAAUGUACUAAGUAUAAAUGUACGAUUGAACUCAUUAAAUUCUGAGUAUAUUGAGAUUGAAGAUGAAAAAUGUAAAUAUAAUCAAAGUUUUAGAUUGUACUUGAUGACUAGACAAUCCAAUCCAAAAAUCACUACAUUUAUACACUCGAAUAUGACUGUAAUAAAUUGUUCCAUAACUCAGGAAGGGUUGGAAGAUCAACUACAUAAGUUAGUAGUCAAACAUGAAAUAAAAUACCUAGAAGACAAGAAAGAAUUAACACAAAAAAAAAUCCAUCAAAAUAAAGAAACACUUCAAAAAUAUAAAAAUGCUUUUUUAUUAGAAAUUAUAAGCUGUACCGAACCUUUGAUUGAUAAUUUACAACUUUUAAAUAAACUCGAAAAUAUUAAAUCAAAAAUCAACAUGAGUUCUACAGAAUUAGAAUCAUCUAUGGAAUCGAUGUCUUCAAUUUAUCAGUCAAGAGAUGUUUAUAAGUUGGUAUCGAAAAAAGGCGCUUUAUUUUACAUGUCUCUUUAUGAAUUAAAAUCUAUAGAUCCGUUAUAUCAAUUUUCGAUCGAUUCUUUCAUGGCAUUGUUUUUAAAUUCAAUAAAUUCGUCAAAAGAAAGCCGAACUGUAUUGAACAGAAUAUCAAAUAUUAUCGAUCAUCUAACGGAUUGUGUUUUCGAAUUUAGUUGUAUCAGUAUUUAUGAAAAACACAAUAUAUUGUUUUUAUUUCAAAUGGCAUGCAUGUUGGACAAAGACGCAGGAAAAUUAUUGGAUACUGAAUUAGCGUUUUUUAUCAAAGGUAAUAUAAACGCAGAAAAAGUCAGCGUAAAAAAUCCAACAACAUGGUUAUCAAAUAAAUGUUGGCAACAUGUUGUUAACUUGAACACAAAUUUUAAACAUUUCUCAAAUCUGAUUGAACAUAUUCAAAAUAACAGUACAAUAUGGGAAGAGUGGUAUUGUUCAGAAUAUCCGGAAACUGAAACUAGCAUACCUAUCAAAAUGAAUAAAUACUUUGAAGUUUUGAUGCUAAUACGAUGUUUUCGAACUGAUCGAGUGUAUAAAGCUAUUGAAAAUUACAUCUAUCAAAUAAUGGGAAUUAGUAAUGAAAAUUGUAUCCACAAUAAGAAAACAAACCUUGAUUCGAUACACAAAAAAUUUUCAAAUCUAACUCCGUGUAUAUUAAUAUUGAAUAAUGGGUCGGAUCCGGCAAAAGAUUUAACAAAUAUAGCGGAAAAAAAUGAUAUAACUGGUCCUACGUUCAAAGUUUUGUCAUUAGGAACUAGCGAAGAAAAUGUAAUUUAUUUAGCCUUACAAUCAGCAUUGGAUCGGGGCAAUUGGUUAAUUGUACAAAACUGUAAUUUUUCAGAACGUUUUCUUUAUAAAAUUGAAUAUUUACUAGGGAAAGCGAAUGAGAAUUGGAAUCCAAAUUUUAGAUUAUGGCUCAUAUUUAAUGAAGAUUCAAUAAAAAUUAAAUCUUUUCCCACUUCUCUUUUGCUCAGAUCGCUAAAAGUUAUUGUUGAGCCGUCAAAUCAUAUGAAAAUUAGCAUGCAGAAUGCUUUUGAAAAAUGUAACUUAUACUACCAAGAUAAACAUCCAAGUCCAUUUUUCGAAUCAUUGCUCUAUGGAUCUCUAUUUUUUCAUGGAAUAUUAUCAGAACGUGCAAAGUACAAAAAAACAGGAUGGAACUUACUGUACAGUUUCGACUACUCUGAUUAUGCUAUGAGUCAACAAAUAAUUAGUAUCUGUUUGAAUAAAAGUAAAAAUGAAGAAAUACCUUGGGCCGCUUUAAAAUAUUUAAUUGGUGAAAUCAUAUAUGGAGGAAAAGUGAUUGAUAGCUAUGAUCGCAAAAUUCUCUUAACAUACGUGGAAGAAUAUUUUGGUGAUUUUAUUUGUAAUCCUUAUCAACCAUUUAGCUUUUAUACUAAUUGCAGAAAUGAUUCUAAAUCAUUAAAAUACAUAGAAAUGGAAAAAAAAUUGCUAAAAUGUGAUGAGCGCUACAGUAACUUAAAAGUUUUAGAGGCGAUUAAUGAAAUCCCGUCGUCUAUAAAUCCAGAAGUCUGUGGAUUAAACGCAAACGUUUUGUUUGAAUACCACAAUAAUUUAGUCUAUACUCUAUGGGCAGACAUGACAAGACUUCAUCCAAAUGUUAAUACAACUUACGGUAAAAAUACUGAUUGGGACGAAGUUGUCAAAAAUAUUACUGAAGACAUUUUAAAAUCACUCCCUGAAGUUUUCAACAUGAAAAAAGUGAAAACGUUUUACGGAGAUAAAUGUACUAAUCCUAGUAUAAUUAUUUUGCUUCAAGAACUUGAAAAAUUCAAUGCAUUAUUAGACGUAAUGAGGAAUACUCUUACACAACUUUCAAAGGUGUUUCUGGGGAGCGUAGAAAUGAAUUCAACUUUAGAAGAUGUCUCUACAUGCCUGUACACCGGUCGCGUCCCUGUUUGUUGGAUCAAAGUAUCACCACAGACUGUAAAACCAUUAGGGCGCUACAUAGAACACCUAACGAAGCGCACACUUCAGUAUUCGAAUUGGAGCCAAAUCAGAGAACCCUUGGUCAUGUGGCUGUCAGGGUUACACGCGCCGAAAUCAUACCUCACGUCAUUAAUGCAGUUAGCAUGUAGAAAAUUUGGUUGGCCAAUAGAGCAUUGUACAUUUUAUACAUCCGUAACACAAUGGAUGUGUGAAAGUGAAGUCCAAAGAGAACCAGACGCUGGAUGUUACAUCACCGGAUUAUAUUUGGAAGGUGCGAUGUGGGACGUAAACAAACGGUGUUUAAACGAAUGUACGUCAAACAGUUCGCCCGAAAAGUUGCCCAUUUUGGCUAUAGUUCCCGUAGAGACGCGUCUACUGAAAUUACCGAAAAGUUCGAUUACCAUACCGGUGUACGUUACAUCAAAACGAAGAAAUUCGAUAGGCAACAACUGUGUGUUCGAAGCUAAUCUAAAUACAUUGAUACACAAGAGCUUUUGGAUUUUAAAAGGAGUUUGUGUGGUCAUGAAUUCUGAAUAGUUAUAAUUUUUUUUUCUAAAUACUUUUUACUUCAAUGUAAUAUUAUAUAUGUUUCAACUUAAAAGUCAAUACUAAAUAUUUUUAUACGUUUUUUCUACUAUUAUUGAAUUAUAAAUAACACAGCAUAUAAUUUAGUGUAUAAGUUGUAUUACCAAGAUUUAUGUAGGUAAGUAAAAUACAGACUAUAUAACAGUGGUUUUCAACCUCUUUAACAAUGUGGCACACUUCAUCACCAACAAAAUUUUGCGGCACACCAAUCCACAUAUUAUGUGAACCAUUAUAUAUAUAUAUAUAUAUGUAUACUAUUUACCAGUCUACUCUAUAAGAGGGUUAUUUAUUGUGAAAUAUAUUAAUACAAUCGAACGAUCGAGACAGCUGCGACGGGCAUAUUUACAAUAAAUAAUAUAUAUCUACGAUUAGUUCAAUCAGUUUUCAUCUCAAAUAUCAAUAAGCUGGUAAAUAUAUACUUAUACUUUUAUAAUUUAUCGCGGCACACCGGUUGGAAACUACUGCUAUUUAGCCAUAAUGAUUAAUUUUAAGACAAUUUAAUCAAAUCAUUGUGUCUAUCAUUCAGUUUUGAAAGGAACUAAAUAGCUUCAAAAAGAAAUUAUUACAUUUUUUUUUUUAUGUUA